AUGGAGGAAGUAGAGGUAGUCAUAGUAGGUGCAGGUCCUGCUGGUCUAGCAACCUCUGCAUGGCUUAACCGCCUCAAUAUCUCAAAUGUCGUACUCGAAAGAGAAGAUUGCUAUGCUUCUCUUUGGAAGAAUAGGACAUACGAUCGUUUGAAGCUUCACUUAGCAAAGCAAUUCUGUGAACUACCGUAUAUGCCUUUCCCUAAAAAUGCACCCACAUAUGUUCCUAGGAAAGAGUUUAUUCAAUACUUGGAUACUUAUGUGUCCACUUUCAAGAUAAACCCUCUUUACCACAGAAGUGUGCAGGCUGCUUUUUAUGAUGAGGAUGUGGAAAAAUGGAGUGUCCUUGUCAACAACACAAAACAGGGUGUACAAGAAAGUUACUACGGGAAAUCUCUUGUGGUUGCGACCGGAGAAAAUAGUGAAGGCUAUUUUCCUCAAACGAAAGGAUUGGGUAGCUUUAAAGGCGAAAUCAUUCAUUCAAGUGAGUAUGGAAAUGGCAAGAAGUACCGUGGGAAAAAUGUUUUAGUUGUUGGAGGUGGAAAUUCUGGAAUGGAAAUUGCCUACGACUUAUCAAAUUUCGGCGCAAAUACUUCUAUUGUUGUCCGUACCCCGGUAAUAUUUCUCUUCUUCUCUCUGCCUCCACUAUAA